GCAGACUGUACCCUCUUCAUCUCGGCUUAAACUGGAUGUCUCAAUCAUUCUUCAUCAGCUCUUCGCUGACGUGCUCUUCUCCAGAUUCACCUGAAUUAAACCGGAUAAGGACCUCAGAUGUUAUGAAGACCCAUGCUCCAACUUAGACAUGAUAUUCAACAUUCACAUUUCUGACAUGCUGAAAAUAGGCUCCUGCUCUGCCAGUAGGACAGCUUGAUGGGCAGACAGACUUUUUGAUGCUUGAUGAUGACGACGAUUUAUUUUAAGUGCUCUUGAGGCUGCCACAAACUCAGAGCUGAUUUCAUAAUGUGUGAGCGAGAAGAGCCCUUUGGUGAGGGGGAGUUAAGGAAUAACAACCAGCAGGGUGGCAUGCUGGCUGAUGGCGACGCCAAUGCCAAUGACAUUCGGACAGAAGAUGGUGGGAGAACUGGGGAUACUGGCUGUCUGUCAGGACUGAUAACUGAAACAGCAGAGCAAGACAAAGUCAUCAUCUGGGGCACAGACUCUCAGUGUGAUGACCCUGAGCUGGCUGAAUUUGAGAUGUUAGAGUGUCAGGAGUUGGAGGCUUAUCUUGUUGAGGAGGAAGAGGACUUUGUUGGGCUUGCAGAGCGGAAGGAGCUUCAAGAACAGCCGUCAUCAUGCAGAAAAUCCACAGCAGAAGAGGCGAUAGAUUAUAAGGGCAGGGAAGAAAGGAAGUCAAUUCUGAACGGUGCCAGUGAGCAAGAAUCCAAUGACUCUCAUGUCUCUGAGAGCAGAGAAGCUUCCAAGACUGAGUUAAGCUCUGAAGCUGAUGUCUUUGUAUCAUGCCUGUCCACCAUUUCAAGCAUGGCCACUGCCAUGGACACUGUUGGCAAGAACCAGAUGACAGACUCCUGGCAUAUUGCCUCUGGUCCUCAUUCAACCAUCUCAGAGGACCUGGCUUCCCAGAUUUGCACCACUAUCUCUGAGAGAGGCAAGGCCUCUCAAAUAGUUGAUGAUUCUUCUCUUUUUGCUAGAAAAAGCACAAUAACCCAGAAAGAUGUAGAUAUGAAUUUGAAUUCAGCAGUUCAGUCAGAUGAUGCUGUAUCACAGGCACAUGAUGUCAGUGGCAAGCACGGGACAAAUAAUAACCAUAGAAAUAAAGCAAAGGGUAGUAUUUUGGAGGUAAAUUGUACUGAGCACAAGGCUUUAACCUCUCCGACAAAAUGUCAAAAAGAAAGCAACGCUAAAAUAGAUAAAAGCACACAAGCUGAUGAAACCCCUGAUGUGAACUACAGGGCUCUCAGAACAGGUACAAAGAGGACUCAGUCAUGUAUUGAACCUAAAGCCAUAAAGAAACAAGGCUCGUUUGAUAACACACUGAAGAAACAAAGCUCUUUUGAUAAAAGUCUCAAAAAGCAGCCUUCAUUUGAGAAUUCUUUAAAGAAGCAGCUCUCUUUUGAUAACACCUUAAAAAAGCAGGGCUCCUUUGAGAACACCACCACUCCCAGCUCUUCAAGUCUGGAAAGGAGGAAGCCAUGGGGAAGCCCUAGUCGACCAGCAACUCCUACAUCCCCUAAAACCACCUCCUCUUCGUCACCUAAGAGACGACCUCCUGGUUCUCCAGCUAAGGUCCAGGGCAUCAGGGCACUGAGCCUGGAGCGCAGUGACUCCUCUCAAAGAGGAAUAAGUCAAACUGUCAAGCCACAUGCUAAGACCAGUUUGAGCAGUGGAAUCCCCAAACCUAUCAUGCCUCAACAGAAGGAGUCUGAACCCAGGAGAUCUUCGCCCCCUCAGAAGCCCAAAAACGUGCGACCAAAAAUCAUCACGUAUGUUCGAAAGAAUGCUCAAGCAAAACCACCACUCACCGAUGCACUAAAUGAAGCCUCCACACACACAUCAAGAUUACCCUCUUACUCCAACCCACCAGCUCUCAAAGAUCCAAAGGUUGCUUCUCAAACUAAAUCCACACCAGUGCUCUGUUCCUCAAACCUGCUAUUUGACAAAUAUCGACAGGAGAUGCAGAAGACAGGAUACUAUCCUCCAGGUGUCGCUGUGACUGGAGUAAAACCUCCAAGCAGCACUCUCCCUCAACGGAGCGGAAAGCCAGACAGCUUCCAGGAGGCAUCAGACAAAUAUCUUCAAGAGCAGCAUGUUUCCCCUGAAGGAGGUGGUGUCUACCGCUCGCCGAGAACCCUGAGGCCUCAGCUUGGGCUUGGUGCAGUCACCAGGCAGCCCGCAGCCAAGCAAAGAGUUCAGCAGGCAGGUCAAAGGUCAGGUCCCUCACAAUAUCUGGCUGCCAAAGUGUCCACCCCAGGCCAACAAGAUCUGGCAGGAGAGCCCAGGAGGGCAGGUCCAGAAACCACACCAAAAAGCCUCCUGCUCAAAUCAGGCCAGUCUGGCCUUCGACCUCCAGGCUUCUCUGCCCUUCCAGCUUCCCGUCUGGCUUCUCUAGGAUUUGUCCGGAGCUCCAGUGUCUCAUCUGUAUCCAGCAACCAGUCUAAUGAAAGCACCCACAGUGACCCAGGCCGAGGUUCUCAGCAUCCCAGCAGUGGCAGCGAUGACACACCUCAACAUAAAGCCACAGCACCAACCAGAGAAGCCUCCCCUGCUCAGAUCCGCCCUCACCCUCCUAAUGCCCCCAGCCUCCAGCGGCGCAGUCUGCCGCCACAGCACUGCUCCCCACUAGCAACUAGGAGAGAUUUACAGAAGGAUACAGAGGCUGAGCUGUCACCAAAAUCCUCCCCUAAAAGACUUGCAGUGGUUUCUCCCAAGCCACAGUCCCCUGUUCGUGGUCGGACAACGGCAGUUUAUGGUGCCGUUCAGACUGAAAAGGCACAGGAGGUGGAUCGCGCUCAGAUCCAGCAGCUGCGGGAGCGAUGUGAGCGGCAGGCCCUGCAGCUACAGACUCUGCAGGCUCAGUUAAAGAAAGCCUCGCUGUGCCUGGAUGUUUUCAGCAUCACUACCCAGCACUUCUGUCACAAGAGUGAGAGUGCCAUUGUGAAGGAGAGGGAACUGUCCCUGGAGCUUGCCAGAAUCCGUGAUGAAGUGGCUGUCAGUGUUGCACACUGGGAGCAGCUGCAGCAGGAGAAGGAGGAACUGGAGCGUCGUUUUGAGUCUGAGCUGCAGGGAUUGCGGGCUCAGCAGCAGAAGGAGCUGGGAGCGCUGGAGGAGCGGCUGAAAGCACAGCACGUGGAUGAGACGAAUAGUCUGCAGGCCCUGCAGCGAGCUGAGCUGGAAGAGCUACACUUCAAACAGCAGGAGCAGCUUGAGGAGAUGAGUCAGAACCAUGAGGCGUCCUUGGUGGAGAUGGAGAUGGCUCACAAUGAUACACUGGCCACUCUGCAAGAGGAGCAUGCCAGGACUGUGAAGAAUUUGAAGAUGGCCCAUGAACAACAGAGGAAGUCUUUGGAAGAAGAGUUUGAAAAGAUCAGACUGUCACUGCAGGAUCAGGUGGACACACUGACAUUUCAGAACCGUAGUCUCAGAGAUCGAGCAAAACGAUUUGAAGAGGCUCUCCGCAAGAGCACAGAUGAGCAGAUCGUGGAUGCUUUGGCUCCCUAUAAACACAUUGAGGAGGACCUGAAGAGCCUCAAGGAAGUUCUGGAGAUGAAAAAUCAACAAAUCCAUCAGCAGGAGCUGAAGAUUUCAGAACUGGAGAAAAUAGCUGCAAAGAAUGUGUUCCUGGAGGAGAAACUACAAGUGUUACAACAGCAGAAUGAGGACCUGAAGGAACAAAUAGACAAGAAUCUCGCUGUGUCCAGGCAACUCUCUGAAGAGAAUGCUAAUCUGCAAGUGAACGUGGAGAAGGAGAGCAAUGAGAAGAAGCGCCUCAGUCGCACCAAUGAGGAGCUGCUGUGGCGGCUACAAACCGGCGAGCUGAGUCCUCGCAUGUCCCCCAGCUCCUCCCCUAUCCAUCGGCCACCCUCUGGACAAGGCUCUCCCGCCCGUCCACACUCGUACCACCAGUGAUGCUCUUCUGGAAGUUCUCGUCACCAA